AUGACCGUACUAUCCAACGGUCACGGUGCCAUUGAUGCAGUCACGGCCCAGGCCGCGCUGGUCCGUUCCCAACAAGAACGGCGGCCCAUUGAAAGCUUUGGUCACCUUGCAGACUUCGACAAGAAGGAUGCACCCGUCGUCACCAUGUUCAGUGGUGGCCUGGACAGCACCUACCUGCUCCUCAAGCUCCAGCAGCUUGGCUACACCAACAUCCAUGCCGUCGCGGUAGAUGUUGGAGCUCCUGUAGACGAGGCAGGACUUACCAAACACGCUGCUCACUUCGGAGCAUCGUUCAAGUGUCUCGAUGGUCGCGAGCUGUUCGUCAAAGAUGGAGUCAUGCCAGCCAUUCGCGCUCACGCAUCAUACAUGCGCAUGUUUCCCAUCAGUAGCUCCAUCACCCGUCCGGUCAUCGCUCGUCUGAUCACAGACUACGCCAAUUCUGUGAAUGCAGGCUUGCUCCUCCACACUGCAAACUUGUCCCAGAACAGUCUUCCCCGCCUCAACAACUGCAUUCGUCUCUACGGCUUCUCUGGCAAAUUCGGAAGCCCUUACGUCCACUCCGUGACCUCGCGCGAGAAGAAAGCCUCAGAGCUAUCCGCAGCUGGACUGUCAAUCAUGGCUGAGCGCAAGCUAAGCGGAGACGAGAACCUGUGGUGCCGUGAGUUCGAAGACGGUCCGCUAGGUGACCCGGAGGGUUUCAACAUCCCCGAAGAAGCCUACGAAUGGACGCGGCGCAGCGGUGACUACGCCCCCGAGAAGCUCACCCUGAGCUUCGAGAACGGCAAUCUCUCCUCCAUCAACGGCGAUGAGCUCCCCCUUAUCGACGCCAUUGCCCUCCUGAACAAGGAGGUAGGCAAGUUCGGUCAUGGCCGAUUCGUCGGGCUCGAGUUCCUCUCGACGGAUGACAAGGCAUUGGAGAUUCGCGAGGCACCGGCCGCUGCGAUCAUUAUGGAUGCGCUUCGGCACCUCGAGCUUGCUACGCUGGAGACUGAUACCCUGGAGUUGAAGCAGCAGCUGGAGCAGAAAUGGAUCCGGGAGGCGAUUGCCGGUCGCUGGGGUCAUCGGUGUCAUACCAUGUGCGAGGCCGCUAUUGUUGCCGCUUUGGAUGGUCGUGUGCCCACCCAAAGACUCUACUGCACCCAACAUCGCAUCGGCAGAUCUAGCCCAAUCACAAUGUCCGAAUCCACAAAGCUCAUCUACCAGCAAGACGGACAACUGCUGCUCCAUGGGGCCAAAAUUCUCUCCAUAAUUCCAGUCUCCAACCUCCCAGAGGCAGACCAAGCUCUCGCCAAAGACUCCCCAGAGAUCGAGCAUGCUGUGGUGACAGACUCCACGAUCUUCCACGUCCAAGGCGGUGGCCAACCCUCAGACACGGGAACUAUGACCACGGAGGUAGCGCCCAAAGCAGCUUCCAUCUUCGAGGUAAAAUCCGUCCGCCAACCAGCCCAGGGCAAUCAGAUCCUGCACUUGGGCCGCUUCGUCCCGGUCGGGACUACGCAGUUUGAUUCCGGAGAGGAAGUCCAGCAGCACGUGGACGCUGAGAAGCGGAACCUGCACUCUCGGCUCCAUACUGCUGGACAUGUCAUGAGUUUGGCGAUCCAUGCGCUGUGUCGCGAGGGUGUGCUUCCCCCGGUGAAGGAGUCGAAGGCGUCGCAUUAUCCGGGGUCGGCAUCGGUUUCGUUUGAGGGCACGUUGGAGGGGAAGCAUAAGGAGCUUAUUCAGGCGAAGACGGAUGAGUUUGUGAAGUCGGCGAGUCCUGUUAGGAUUCAUUGGUGGUCCAUGGAGGAGUUGAUGGAGAAGUGCUUCGUAGCGGAGGGGUUUGCGUUGCCGGAGGGUGAGACGCUGGGGAGAGUCGUGGAGAUGGAGGGGUUGGGAAGUUAUCCUUGUGGAGGGACACAUGUUACGGAUUGUAGUUUGGUCGGGAGGAUUGAGGUGAAGAAGAUUUCGAGGUCGAAGGGGGUUAGCAGGGUUUCGUAUACUGUUGUAUAG